AUGCGUGACGCACCGAGCAACGCUGUUUAUAUAGCUUCUAAGAUGAGACACACUAAGAAAGUUUUUGUGCCUCUCAGAAAAAUAUCAUGGCUUAUUUUUGUUUUUCCUCUUUUAUUAUUGCAGUGUUCACUAGGUGAGUGAGUCAAUCUGUUUUCAAAGUUCCGUUUUACGGGUUUCACUUCCGAAAAUGGCGUCGUACAAUUUAAGACUCAAUUUCCUGUUCUCUUGCUUUGCAGGACAGCAAAAGGUUCACGUCUUUACAGCAACAGACUUCAUGCUUUUUGAUACCAACGAUCUCCUUUAUUUUGAGGUUCUACGGCCGAAAAAUAUUAGUUACAUCUACAAAGUUAGGCCUGCAAAAGACUUCGGUGGCAAAUUUGUAAGUAAGCUACAGUAAGUUGCUGUACCGUUACGUUGUAGCUCAAAUUUCAAGCCUACAGGCUUGACAGCUGUUACAGCUGAGUACAUUAAGCUAGUUUUUAUCGAGACAAUUUAUAUGGAUGGUCCAAUCCUCUCCCUAAGUAUGUAUAAGUGAAAAAGUUGCAUUGAUAUUUAUGUCAUGUUUUUCAAUUCGUGGUAAAACAGUGGUCCUUAAAAAGUCUUAGUGUCCCCGAUUAGUAGGCCUGACGGCAAGCUAGAAGACUAGACACUUAAAUAAAGUUGUUGUUGUUGUUGUCUUACUUCCGGUAAGUCUUAAAGAUACAGAAGACCUUGUGAACUUAUAAUCUAAAAUUUUGUAGUUUUUAGCGAAGGAAAUAACGUUUAUUAAUAAUGUUAGCUCUACUUGUAUCUUGUAUUUUGUGUGAUUAAAUUCAAAAUUAGUGCUGACAGGGUUUAUAAAUAAUAAGGUAGUGUACAGAUUUUUAAAAUGACGUGUCCUUAUCAUGGAAAUCAGCUAGAGCAGCCAUCAAUCGAAACGCUGUUUGUUUGAUAUGUUUAGCGCAUUUGAAUAACAAUGAUUUCAUGGUGGUAAGUGAUAAAGAAAACAUAAUGAACAUAAAUCUGUUUUGCAUGUUCACCUCAGAAUUAAUACCAUUUCACAUAGUUACCAUUUCAUAUGGAGAAUAAUAAUGUAUAAGAAACCUAUUGCAAGGUUGUGGUAAUAACUGUUUCAAUUUAUUAUCUUCACCGAAAAACAUGUUAUUUUGAUUAUGACAGUUUAUUUUUAAGCCUACCCUGCUCCAGAGGUCCAUUCUCAAAAUACCUAAUAUGAAAUAAACCGUGCUUACAGUUUGACAAGGCUCCCGAUUCAGACCUCUGGUCACACAAGCAAGCAACCUCAUUUCCAUGCAAGAAAUCAGUUCAGAAUCUGAACUGGGUCGUCGAUUGGUUACUCCCACGUCUGCAGGGAAUUAACACUGUAACAGUGAACUUGAUUGGCUGUAUCGAAAAACUUCACCACAUGACAUUUAAAACUAGUAUAUUAUCUAUGGAUACAGUGUGAAUAAACAAUGAAUUGAAUAGCUUGUAUGUUUGAUUUCCUAAUACAGGUCAUACUCUAGAGAACUGUAUCCUCAAAUUUUGUCCAGUUCACAUGCAUCAAUCUACGCAUGAAUUAUGAAUAGACAUUUAGGGUUAAGUUCCCCUGGGACCACUGAGUUUUUGCAGCAAAUUCUUCCCUGUUGCAAUAACUCAUUGUUGAUUUUUCCAGCGUAAGUAAGGUUACAAUAUUCUGCUGUGGAACCUUGAUCUAAUGAUGUACCAAGGGACUGGUAAAAUUUGUUCUUUAAAAUGUGAUUUGUUAUAUUGAGGUUGUUAUCCAAGUAUUUUAUGACAAAUUUGUUGGUUUUACCAAGGACUUUGUUAUAUAGACCUUUAUUACUUUGAGGUUUCACAUAGGUUUAACAUAGUGCAUAAUAAUGUUAACAUUGUUUUUGUUUUUGUUUUGUUUUUUUCAUUAAGGAAUUCCAAUCAGACACAGUGACAGUUAAUCUUGUUGCUGCAGAUCCUCCAGAUGCAUGUUAUUCUGUUAUUAAUGGAGAGGCCUUGCAAAAAUCAAUAGCCUUGGUUGAAAGAGGGUGAGUGCUUAACUACAGUGUACAUAUUUCCUAGAAUGAUUGCUACAUCGUUCUUCAAAUAGUGCAUUUUCUUUGCUCCAGUUUCCUCCACACAUUCACACCAAAACCACCCAUAACUGUCAGUGUGAAACCAUAAAGUUUAUAUUUAUGUCUCUAAUGAACCACUUGUGAGGUCAUCAAUUUUAACAGGCCUCUACCUUGUGAUUGGGAAAGAGAUCUUGUAUUAAAACAAUACCCAGAUGAGCACAAAUUGAUUCAUUUAACAGGUUGGAGAUAAAUGCUUGAUAAUCGUGUGUGCGUGACAGGUAAAAACCAAUAAUAUAAUCUCGUCCCGCUACCCACCUGACAUACUACCCUCCUUUCAUGGGGCCUUGGUGUUUUUGUGAAAACUUCUUUCAUGGAAAUAAAGCUUAGUAAAUUCAUGCUCCUCAUAAGAAAAAAGGGAAAUGAAGUGGGGAACGGAGAAAGUGAAAGGUAAAAGUUUAGAGCGGGCAAUAUAGUGAUGUUCAUUUACAUGUAUGUACACCUGUAAGACUGUGUGUCAUUCAGCUGUGUGGGCCUUUCUUUUCUAACAAAUGGUGAAACAUUUUUCUUCCUCUCUGUUUAGAGGCUGUUCUUUUGUUUCCAAAGUUAAGACAGUUGAAAAUCAUGGUGCCAUUGCUGUGUUUAUAGCUGAUAACCACCAUGAUAAUGGGGAAGCCUUAGUAGACAUGGUUCAUGAUGGCACUAAAAGAGAUGUGCACAUUCCUGCAGGAUUCAUGCUGGGCUCAGAUGGGUGAGUGUUUGGGAGAUGUGGUGACUUCUUUGAAUAGCUAAUAGAAUAAGUAUGAUGCUACACUACAAAAGUUAUGAUCAGCACUGUCUAGGUCAAAAAUUGGAUAUCGGAUAAAUCUAAGUAGUAUUUUUGUUAUUAAUUUUUUAUAAGAAUGUUGCAAAUGACAUGUUGCUAACAAGACAAUUCAGAUGAAUCCAAUAUCCAAUUUUUGACCUGUAGAAAGUGCUAAUCAUAACUUUUGUAGUGUAGCAUCAAACCUAUUAAUAAAUACUAUUUUAAGCAAAAGCUCAGUCAUUUCCUCUUCGCAAAAUGUAUGCAUCUUUCAUCACUUUCUCCAACUCCGUCAAAACAGCUGAGCCAUUGAACCUUUAGCGGAGUCAAUAUUAUUGGUGUCAUUUGUACAGUUACUGUACAGUUGGUUUUGGAGUAGAGUAGGAAAAACUGGAGUACCUGGAAAAAACCUCUUGGAGCAAGGGAGACCAGCAACCAAUUCAACCCACAUAUGGCGUCGAAGCUGGGAUUUGAAGCAGGGCCACAUUGGUGAGGGGGACGUAAGGGUUUUGGUGAUGCGGUUUUGUUCCAUUUUUGGUGCGGUUUGGGGGAAUGUUUAUUUUAAGUUGUGGUAUUGCAGUUUUACAAAACCAAGUGGUUUGCAGUAUUCAGAAAUUUUCAGGUAAUUUCAAUGCGGUUUGCGGUUUUCCUAUGUCAUUGUGUGCAGUGUUUAUACCUUUUUCUGUGCGGUUUUGCGGUAUUCAUACGCCCCUUACCUCAUUGGUGGAGGCGAGUACUCUCACCAUCGCAAAAUUGAUGAUAUGCGAAGGGCAAAAACAGUCCCCAGGUGAACCCUGUACAUUUUACCACGGAGAGGUCAAACGAUGGUUUCUGCCUCAAAUACUGUCUAAGACAUCAUUGAGUUUUCUGCCAGUCAAUGCUCAUGUGCCUCACAAUAUUGGACAACUUUCGGGAUGAGCAUUUAACGUUCACUUUUAUCCCAUCCUACCCUAGGUAUCACAUAAAACGUGGAAUUGAGGGAGCUGGGAUGCAAGGAGCAGUCAUAUCAAUACCACUGAAUGUCACAACCAAUCCGAGUCUGUAUGCUCGACAGCCUCCUUGGUCAAGCUGGUGACACAAAUCAAGAAAAUUCGAUUUAUAUAUAAAAAUUAAUUUAGUGGUUACUUUAGAAUGGACACUGUAGAAGAGUAGUCACUAUUUUUUCUGAGAAGUGUUUUAUACAGCCUGGUUUCACAAGAAAAGAAAUGAGUGGUAAAUUGAUUGAGAUGCACGUUUGUAUUAGGUGGCAGUCUGACUUUUCUGCCAUGGAAGAUUGUAGUGUUUUUUUUUUUUCAAAGUUUCAACCUCGUUCCCAGGGUAUCUAUUCUUAUUACAAAGAGUAGAGAUCUGGAGAUGAGGUCGGAAAGGUGUUCUUAUUGCUGGAGGGCCGGCGUUGCUUGCAAAAUCUGUAAUGAGAACACUUAGGUAUGGAAACUUAUCGCUGAAUCAUAAUUCAAAAUAGCUUAUCUGACUUUAAGCAGAAGUCAAACUAAUUUAACGCUUUUUUACUAGCGGCGUAUUAUUCAUAAGUUAUUUGAUAAUUUAUAUUACACGUAUAUUAUGUCAAAGACUUUGUGAACGUGUUAUGGUCAGGUAUUUUCAGAAAAUUUGAGAUUUUUACAAUAAAGUUUUUGUCAUUUGGAAUUUACUAAAAUAGACGGCGUGAGGCAAGUUUUUGUUGUUUAAAGUACAUGUAAACCAAACGAAGCUUAUUUGUGGGUUUACACCGGUGUUCUCCAAUAGGUGUUUCCUUGUGGUUUUCUUACCAAGGAAAACGUUUUUAAUGAAGUUAUUCCAUUUACAUGAGCAAGGAUAACUUGUUCGUUUAAGUGAGGCUUAACUCGAGAAAUUGUUAAGAACAACUCUGAAUUUAACGUACUCGUUGGCGAU